AUGUCUUCCAUUGAAAUAUUCAACAACUCUCACCGUAAACUUACACCAGCUCAUAUCACAUUUACUGCUGCUCCUUACAAUGCAAAACUACAAGUUUCUUCGACAACAUGGCUGAACGACAAGAUCGCAAAAAAAAUAGAUGAUCAAAAAGGAAUUCACUAUGUUGCUGAACAGCCAGUAAAGUCAGGAGAAACGCUUUUGAAUGAAGAACCUUUUAUUCGCCAUUUCGAACAUGCCGAUCGUUUCAAAUAUUGCAGUUACUGUUUUCGUAGUAUUUCAAUAUGUCUAUCGCCUAAUGACGACAUUGUUGCGUAUGACGAUUCCGCCAACAAUAGCAGUAUUGAGAAGACUGACAGCGAUAGCUUGAUAGAGUGCCGGCGUGGUAAAGACUGCUCUUGGAUGCAUUCUUAUUGUUCUGCAGAGUGCGAAGAACGUAAUUGGACAGAGGAAGGCCAUAGUUGGCUAUGCCGUUUUCCUGAACUUUGCGACGAGGAUCCCACUGUAUUACUUGCAUUAACAGGCUACAUUAAAAGCAGAUCAUUCGGUUAUGACACGUUACCUGGGCUCGUAUCAAAUAGAGAAGCAGUUAAUACAGAAGACUUGGAUAAUUACCGAAAGAGUUUUAUGAAAUUAGCAGCUACUUUUUACCUGUCUGAAUAUGUCGUUAACAAUCUCUUGACGAUUUACUUACAGAUCAAAUGCAAUAGUUUCGCGAUUAAGGGGUAUUCGUCAAUAGAUGAAUUGUAUGGUAAAGAGCGCUAUAUGUUGCCGGAAACAUUGGUGCAAAAUAGGGAUAUUAUUCAUUAUGGAAGAGGGAUAUAUUUGCAAGCGAGUCGUCUCAAUCACUCAUGUAAACCAAAUAGUUUGGCUUCUUUUGGCUCAAUGGAUGAGGAGGAAAUGAACUUGUAUGGCAGUGACCGUAGUAGUAAUCACGGUAGUAAUCCUUGUCGGCUGACUGUACAUUCUGUGAAAGGAACAUCACUGUCUGCUGGUGAAGAAAUUACCAUCAGUUAUGGGCCCUUAGCGACAAGACAAAGUAGAUCGGAACGUUUAGCAAAGCUGAGAAAUGAUUAUUAUUUUGACUGUCAGUGUACAGCAUGCGCAGAUACCCAGCAGGAUCCCUUUUUGGAUACUAUUUAUCUUUGCCCGAAGUGCAAAGAAGGUAAAAUGUACAAGAACCAAGCACGAUGCUUACAAUGUGGAGAGAAACCCGACUGGGCAAGCAUUGAAAAGAUAGAAAAUGACGCUUAUCGAUUGAAAUCAAAGGGUGAUUUUGAAACUGCUCUAAAAUUACAGAAGAGCAUAUAUCAUGGAGAUACACUCAAUGUUGGUGAAACUCUGGAUAAAAUUGCACAGCAAUAUUGCUUGCAAGGACAGUUUGGGAAGGCCUCACAGUAUGUUAAACAAUCGCUACAAAUCAUUCAAAAAGUAUACGGCAAAACUAGUAUAGAAGCUGCGGAAGAAAUGAUGAAGCUAGCCACAUUAUACUAUAAUUCUGGGCAAGCAAAUGAAGGUUUGAAACACGCCAAAGCGACAUUGAUUGUCUAUAGAAUAUUAGGCCUAGAUAAGACUCAGCCAGGUGAUAUAGAGGAAUUAAAGACAAUGAUGACAUUACUCACAUUAAACGCUGCUGCUUUUCGAACUUGA